AGUGUAGUGUGUCACAAGGAACACUAAUGUAUUUCUUUUAUGUACUGAGAUAAAGGAGCACAUUACACACAGUGGCUGGCUAUCUUCUAUUUCAGUCUACAGUUCAGUUAUAUUCAGUUGUGUUCAAUCAGUCUCAAAGCGCAUAAAGUUAUAAUGGCUACGUCACCGAGCACAAGCGAUUGCCCUGAUCAAGAUAACACGAUAUUCGUUGGAUUGUCAAAACAGACAACAAAUAAUGGAGAAAAUUAUAUUUUCGGCGAGUCUGAAACUGAGCUUCUAGAAGGCGAAGAGGCUGACUGUAACAGACAAUUAAAAGCUUGCAGAAAGAAUCCUGGUCAUACUGAAUUCAUACCGCUAAACUCAUUUACGAUUCAUCAUUUACCAACAGACCUCCAAGACAAGCUCUUGUUUAAUUUUAUCAAAGUUACUGCCGAGCUUACAGUAAAAAUAAACUCACGUUUUGUAAGUCCCAAAAGACCUGAAUUCUGGUAUAAAACAAACAUUCCGUAUCCGUUCUAUAGAAGGAGAGGCAAGGCGCUGCUUAGAGUUGGCACCGGUAGGGUUUGGAAUGUAAGGGAGAGGUCUGGAGAAAAUAAAGAUGGCAAAAGAAAGACAUGCCCUUGUCAGAACUGUCAAUCCUCAGAUACACCUAGCACCGUAUGGUGGAACUUGGGAAUCCUUACCGCUGCGCAUGUAGUGUUUGAUGACACCGAGGCAAAGCACUCAACGUGUAAAUUGUUUUACGACAUAGAAAGUAGUCCAGAGGUCAUAGUGCAAGGUCUAGGAAUUUUCGACACAGAUGUGAAAGGGGAUAUUACCGAGUUCGUGUGUGUCACCUGUGACCGAGCAGUAGCCAAAAGGCUUGGUGACAUGGUUGAUUUCUUUGAGAAGGUGUGGGAUAUAGUGUUUGAAAAAUAUAAGAGCUCAAGCGAUGUGAAUAAUCUGACGUUCAUUGUAUCACAUCCCCAUGGGGGACCAAAGCAAGUUAGUCUUGGCCAGUGGGUGGAGAAACACCAAGAAGGUGAAAGCCAGGACUAUAAGUUCACCUACACAACCUGUACAUGCCCAGGCAGCAGUGGUGCACCAGCAGUCACCGUUGGAUUCAGCUGGUUUACGCAGCAGUUUCACAGUGGCUCAUUAAACAACGGAUUCAAUAGCAGUACAGUCAGUUCUGUUUGGAAAUGUUGAGGACUUAUUCUAGUAGGCCUAUGUGAAUAUAAUUUUGUUUAAAAAACGAAAUUUCUUUUUUUUUUUUUAAGGGACAGUUCUCCUUCCCUUUUGUGACUUGUGAACACAGCAAAGAUUUCAAAACAAUUUUCUGGGUUAUUAACAAUGCUUGUCUAUCUUAUCUUAUCUUAUCUUAUCUUAUUAAAUACAGAAGACUUUCGGUCAGACGACUAACCAUGCGAAUAAAACGCAGCAUGGUUAUGCAACCUUAGCUAAAAAUUAAAAAAAAGUAAAUAAUAUAUGAAAUACGGUAACAUUUUAACAUUCCAUUAUGCUAUCGAAAUCUUGGAGUCACUCUGCGGUCUCGUCUCCGGCGAUCAAUAUAGUUGUCCUCGCAAAAGUCAUACAAAUUACUAAUAAUCCGGUACUUUUAUACACAUCAUAUAUAAGUCCGCGCUAUUUUGUCUUGCGCUUUUUAAUCGGGAAAUUUCGCGCUAUUUUGUCGGCGCUAUUUUGUCGGCGCUAUUUUGUUCGCGCUAUUUUGUCGGCGCUAUUUUGUUCGCGCUAUUUUGUCGGCGCUAUUUUGUUCGCGCUAUUUUGUCGGCGCUAUUUUGUCGGCACUAUUUUGUCGGCGCUAUUUUGUCGGCGCUAUUUUGUUCGCGCUAUUUUGUCGGCGCUAUUUUGUCCGCGCUAUUUAGUCGGCGCUAUUUAGUCGGCGCUAUUUUGACGGUUCACCAUGAAAUACAUUCUAAAAAAAUGAAUAGAAAUAAUGAAACAUCUUUUAUUAAUAAAGCUAAUUGGCGAAGGCCUACUGUAAUGAGGUGUGUAUGUGUUUCCUUGGUUUUAUAGAAAGGGAGUAUUUAUUGUUAGUUUUAGAGAAAGAGCAUUAAUUUAAUAUUUGUCUUGUAAAAUAAUGAAAGAUAACCAGCGCUGUCGUAAGCUGUGUUAAGUACGAGAGACGACUCCAGGAUGCCAGAGUGUUAGGGCGUGUUUAGAUCUUUAGAUUUUGUUCAAAUAUCAGUUUAUUUCCUCUCAAGUUUAAUUUGACUAUACUGUAAAAAAAAUACAAGUUCUAUUUAGUUUUGCUAACAAAGAAGUAAUUUAAGUUAUUUUAAUUUUAUAUAAUUUAAAAUAUAAUACGCCUCCAGCGGUUUAGUUGUCUACCAGCAGUUUGGUGCUACAGGCCAUCGACGUCAUCUAGACGUGCUAUAUUUUAUUUUAUAUGCUUGUUUUGUUGCAGUGCUGCUUUGAUCAAUGUUUUGAAUUUUUGAAAACUGGCUCAUAGACUUCUAUGAUAUACAUUGUGUAGAUACUUAACGAUAUAUUGAUUAUAUUUUAUAUCCUUGCUAUUAUUACCUAGGUAGUAAGUAAAGUUCCCCUUUCAGACCUUGUGAUGUAAAGGUCAUCUGUUUCUGUGGCCUACGGUUAACAAGGGUGUCAUGUGGCCAGCACACUUUACUUUUCCCUAACUAAUGUCAUUAAGAGCUGGGUGGACUCAGUGGCGCCCGAAGAUCCGGAAAUUUAAAAAUUCCAGUCUUCACCAG